UUGCAUUUAGCUCACAUUCGAAAACGAAAGUAGUAGCAAUAAAUAUUUUGUUUUUCGAAAACUAUAAGUUGUGUAAACCAGGAAGAGAAUAACAGCAGUUUUUUAUUCUGUGUGUAUUAUUAUGAUAGUUUAAACAAUGUGUAUUAUAAGAUAGUUAUAUUCGAACGGAAAUGGUUUAAUCUUGCAGACAAUUAUGUAAACUUCAUGCAAGUUGUGUAACAAUGUCGGAGCUACAAGAGCGAUGUGUGUUGUUGAAGAACUUACCCCAUACAUGUGAAGAACGUGCAGUUAGAGACACGCUUGAUUUAGCUCACGGUGACUUCCGGUAUGAUGGCAAAUAUGAGAAACUUCACAGACAUAUUGAAUUCGGUGAUGAUGUCAGAUGGAUUGUUCUCUUUUACUCAAAAAAAGAUGCUAUUGAAUGUAUAACGAGCGGUCCCUGGGUGAGUGCUGCUAUCAGGGGAGGAUGUACGGUACGACCAGAUUAUUGUUCGGGAUGUAUUAUACCUGAUGAAUGGUCCGAGGAAACACCUGGAGAUGGAGACUGGGAUAUGGGCGACAGUUUCAGGACGCGGGACUGUAAUACUGACACCUCAGAUGAAUUCAUGAAUUCCUUUGUCAAUGUUAAGUCUUAUAAAUAUGAAAAUGAUACAGAUAGUGGUGAUGACAUUCAUGAGCAAGAUGUAGCUAAUGCUAAUCGUGAGACUGAUGGACUUGAUGACGCUUUAAAUCUUACUGUGAAAUUUCAGAAUGAGUUUGAAACUUUGAUUACAGAAAUCGAUUCAUCUGAUCAGUUUGAUAGCGGAAAAUCCAACGAAGCAGCUGACGAAGUCAAAGAUGAAUUAAAUUUUGAAAGUACUUCAAGGAAUGUCAGUCCAAUUGGAGAGGAACGCAUACCUACAAGUGAGUUAUUUGGCAGUGGUGGUUUUGAAUUGAAAGAAAAGGAAAUAGAUGAAAUAACGAUUAAUAAAUCUAAAGAGAAUAUUGAGAAAACUGUCACCAAAGGGGCCACUGGAGUUGCAAUAGAUAUUGAUCGAGGUACAAGAAAACCGGAUAGAAAGUCAUUUGAUAGUGGCAGAGAUUUAUACUCGAAAGCAGAAAAAACAUCUGUUAUAUUGGAAAGCACGAAAACAAAGGCAAAGACUAAAUCAGAACAUGAAGGAAGUGAGUAUUAUGAUGAUGGAAAAGUUAGUAGUGUAUCAUCAAGUGAAUUGUUUGAAAGCGGUGAUAAAGUACUAAAGGAAGAUAUGCAGGGACCUGAUGAUCUGCUUGACAAAACAAAGAAUAACAAUGCUAAAAAACAGGCAGAGAACAGGAAGGAAAUCACCUUUGAUGAACCACAUGUUAGUCAUACCCAUUCAGAGACCAAAACAGAUGCUGAAAAGUCUAAAAAAGCAAUGAGUGCAUCAGUGAGAUCAGUAGAUUUGUUUGGAAGUGGACAUGAAUCAAUGGAGUUUCAUAACAUGGAAAAACAGGAUCAUUUUGAAGGAGCAAGUAGAGAACAAGGGGCUGUGAAUAAAGACACUGAUAAUGAAACCGAUGAAGCAAAGUCAGAAGCUUUAAAAGAGAAACCAGUGACCACUAAUUUAGAAACUUGUGGUGGUGUUCAAGCAGGUAGUGGUAUAAACCAGGGGGGACCGUAUCCUUUCCAGGGAGCUCCAUAUCCUUACCAGACAGGACAAAAUCCUUACCAGGGAGUACCAUAUCCGUGCUUUGGAACUAUGUUUCCAAAUUCUCAUGGCGCAUCAAAUGCGACGUAUGAAUCUAACAUGACCAUGAUGGGACAGGGUCAACCUCAACCAAAUGAAACAUCACCAGGAAAUCCAGGUAGUGCAUGUAACAUGAACCAAAUGCAACCGAUGUACCAAAUGCAUCCCCAAUGGCCGAUGCCAAUGCCUGUCCAAGUUAAUGAUAAAGGACAGCCUAUAUAUCCUAUACCUUUUCCUGGUAUGAUGCCACAAAUGCAAAUAGAUGAAAAAGGCAACCCAGUACAGAACUACAUGUAUCCUGGUAUGGUGAAUCCAUUCUAUUUUAUACCCUGCAUUUCAGGACAGCCACCUUUCCCAACUUCAGGUCUCCAACAGUCAAGCGAAGAGAAAAAACAAGCUAUAGAUGAGGGACAUUCAGCCCAUGCUCCUCUUUAUACUGAACCAAAUAAUGCGGAAACUAACAUGAAAACAAAAGAAGGGUCAAAACCAUUGAAGUAUGAUCGUUCUAAAAGUUUGAAUGAAACAGAAGGGUAUGUUUAUGAUGUCCCCUACAGUAAUCAUCGUGGGCUAGCCAGACAAACAUCAGCAAGUGAUACACUUGGCAAUACAGAGGAUAUUAGACCGUAUAGUCUUGCAAGAGAAAUCAAAUCAGAUAUUGUCUCUGAUAAGGAAUCAGACAAAAUGGAACGGAAGAUUACACAGUUGGAAAAAAGUGUGUAUAGGGAAGAAAAUAUUUACGAUGUUAUUGAUGAGGACAAGUUAAAAUCAGUAUGUAUGUCAUCUCGACAUCCUGCUCCGCCUCCUGCCCCGCCUCGAACUCGUCCACCGUCAAAACCACGCACAACAGACACCAAUGAAAGCCGCCUGUCAAUAUAUGAUGACAAUGAAUAUGAGAAUAAUUUGGAAGGGAAUGACAACGGAAAAUCAGAAGGUGCUGAAGAGAGUUGCCGAACAAUCCUUGUUACCGGAUUAUCUUUGGAUGUUUCUAAAGAAGCACUUGAGCUUUAUUUUGAAAACAAGAAAAAGACUGGCGGGGGUGAAAUUGUUAGUGCAAUAAUCAAUGAGAAAAAACUGGAGGCUGUAAUAGAGUUUAAGGAAUCAGAAGUUGCAGCGGCUGUCAUUCAGCGGGGGCUAGAAGGAAAACAAUGUACAAUAGCCGGUUGUCAACUUACUGUUUCUGAAUAUCACCCACCUCCUGUGGACCCGUUCAAGAUUUUUAUAAGUGGGAUUUCAGAGACAACUACCAUGGAAUGCAUUACAAACUUUUUAGCGGCACAGACCCACUCAGAGCCAUCCACCAUUAUUCUUGGUGAAACACCUGGCACGGCUUUGGUAUUAUUUGAUACACGAAUAGACAAAGCAAAGCUAAGAAAAGUGUGUGAAGGACGCAAAUUAGAGGGAAACUAUUGGAAUAUAUCUGAUGUAGAAAUUGUACGUAGCAUUAAAGUGGAAGGAGACCCUUCGCAGUCUAUAACCAAAGACUCACUAUGUCUUUAUUUUGAAAAUAAAAGAAGAAGUAGUGGUGGUAAUGUUGAAUCUGUAGAGCAUCGUGAAGACCAUGGUGAUUUCAUCGUGACUUUUGAAAAGUUCGAAGAUGCAGAACGAGUGUGUACAGUAAGUCAUAAACUUGGUGGGAAAGAAAUAAAGGUUACCUUGUUUUAUCCAUGUUUGGAACUAGACGAGGAUUUCUUCGUUCGAAUACCACCACCGAUACAACUUGAUGGCAUUGAUGAGUAUAUUGUUAAGUUUCUUAAAUAUUCCACAAAAUACAAAGAGUUUUUGGAAAGCAGUUUGCAGCGCAAUAACGCAAGUUUACACUGGCAUACAGGAGAACAGAUCUUUAUGCAAGUAGAAUGUACUGUUGAUCCUAAGGACAAAAAAGGUCAUUUAAAAGUAAAGAAUUGGGCAGAGACAUGUACAAAAAUAGCAGUGGAAAUAAGUGAAAAGUUAGCUGUUGAAAGAAGCAAGAAUGUCGCCCUUGAGGUAUGGAAUGAGAUGAAAGUACGUUUGGGAGAAAUUGCUAUAUCGGAUCCAGAAGCAAUUGCUGUAUUUCUGGAAAACAGUGACUGCAAAAUUGUGUUGGCAGGAGAAAAGACAAUUGUACAACAUUUGACUAAACAGAUUGAGGACAUCAUUGAAGAAAUAGAGAAUGAUUUGGAAACAAAGCGUCAAAUUAUUACAAAAAAGAGACAAUUAAAACAUUAUGAAAUGGCAUUAAUUCGUGCGUCUAGAAUUGAGACAUCUUUAAAGAAUAAGCUUGCAGAGUUUGUUAUUAACAACGAGCAAAGAGAGGUUUUUUGCAAGGGUAUGCAGAAAGACGUGGAGGAAGCACUUUCAAAAAUAGAUAAAACAUUAAAGUCGUUUGUGAAGAAAGCAGUACCAGGAAUGUCCAAACUAGCGAUCGAUUUACUUUUUAAGAAAGAGGCUAGGGAUUUAGUGAAGAAAAAGAUGAUAGAGAGAAAGGUUAUAGGUGUUUGGGAUACAGUGCGUGGUUCUGGUCUUUUUAUGUACAGUAAAAAUGACAAAGAUCUAGAUUUAGCUAUAGAUAUACUGGAAACCUCUGUCAAAAUGGACUCUAUAGCUCUUGAUUCAGAAAAGAGGGACAUCCUUGAUAGUAAAGAUGGUAAAGCGAAACUAGCAGAAUUGGAGGAAAAUAACAGCGGCUGCAUCAUUUUCGCGUUAAUGCCAGAGGAACUUCGUUUUGUUUGUGUAGAUGAGUUGUACAAAGAAGUGAAAGAUGAGUUUACCAAACUUUUUGAUCUUCAUUCAUUAGUUUCUAAGCCUGUGCCAACAGAAUUUGGAAUUUUAGAAUAUAUUAGAAAAUACAAAAGACGAGAGAUAGAAGCUAUUGAAAACCAGUUUAAGCGCUUGGCAGUAGAGAUUGCACUGAAAGAGAGUAAAAGGAAUCCUGGGUUUAUUGUGAAGGGAAAAAAGGAUGGUUGUAUACUUGCCAUAACUAAAGUACAAUCACUGAUAGAUCUGGUUGUACACAAAGAUCAUGCAGUAUCUUGGCCAGGUUUUGACAAAUUUAUUAAAAGCAACGAAGGGAAAGAUUGCAUACAUAUGAUUGAAAUGAAUGAAAAAUGUGUGAUUAAAGUUUCUUCUGAAGAUCUUAGUUCUGAAUUAGAAAGUACAGUGUAUAGAAAACCACGCUCUGAGGAGCAGAAAAACAAAGAAAAACAGAGAAAGAUUACCAAAGAGGUUAAGAUUGGAACGCUAGCAUUAGAAAAGGUUGAUGUAAUUGUGAACUCCACCAACAAAGAUCUUGAUAUGUCUCUUGGGGCAAUAUCUCGUUCGUUACUGAAAGUAGGCGGUGACGCUAUAACACAGGAAUGUAAGACAAAGUAUCCUGAUGGGAUAAAGCCUGGUCGGUUGGCUGCAACUACUGGCGGGUCAUUGGCAUGUGCAGAAAUUUUUCACGGACUUCUUGUUAAAUGGGAUGGCGGACAAGGACAUGCGGAAAAUGUGAUGGAAACCUUUGUGAGGAGUUGUCUUGCCCUGGCGCAUACGCAUAAUUAUUCUUCAAUAGCGUUUCCAGCUCUAGGGACAGGUGCGCUGGGGUUUCCAGCAGAUGUUGUUGCUAAUAUCAUGUUUAAUACAGUGGACGCUUUUGAAGCCAGAUACCCUGACACAAGUUUGAGAUUGGUUCGGUUUGUUUUGUGGUCAGAAGACAGAGUUACUGCCAAGGCUUUUAAAGACGUCGAGUCGAAAUCAGGUGGCACAAAAAGACCAAGUAGUGCAUUAUAUAAUUACAGCCGAUCGGAAACUGCCGAAGAAGUAAUUGUCAAAAAUAAAGGUUAUAGCACAACGGUAGGUUCUGUGACAGUGAGUAUUGUAAAAGAUGAUCUGACCACAUUAACGUCUGGAGCGAUUGUAAACAGUACAAUGGACGAUCUAAAUUUAGACAGUGGUGCCAUCUCUAGGGCAAUCCUUAUAGCAGCAGGGCAGACAAUUCAACGAGAGGCACUGGCAAAACGAGAAUACUUUUUAGCGAAUGGCUUAGUUGUGACUGGGCCUGGAAAAUUAAUGUGUCAGUCAAUCAUCCAUGUUAGGGCAAGAAACACUUUAAACACGUGGGCAGAUACUAUUUGGAAAUGUUUGAGUGUGGCAGAGCAAUUAGGUUUAAACUCAAUUGCCUUCCCAGCACUUGGAACAGGUGGAAAAGGCGUGGCUCCUGAACGAAUGGCUAAAACUAUGAUUGAAACGUUCCAAAAUUACAUAAAAUCUCAAGACUUUAAAAGAUGUAUAAAAACAAUCAGAGUUGUCAUAUUUGAUGAGAAGAUGCUAGAAUUGUUCAUAUCGGAAAUAAGAGCAAUCAUGGAACCAGACAAGGCACCAAAAAAGAAAGGCUUUUUUUCAGAUUUAAAGUUUUGGGAAAAAACACCCCAAGUAACAGCACCAGUGCCAAGAACUACGUUUCAUAUAUACUGUGAAUCUAAAUAUCAGAUUGAUAGAGUUGCUGAGAAGGUGGAUAAAAUUCGCAGAGAAAACGAUGUGUUUGUUAAGAAGGAUGUAUUUGACCAAAUGGAAGAAACUCAGAAAUCAGAUUUAAAACGUAUUGGAUUUUCAAAUGGAGUCAAGGUUGUUGUCGGGAAGACAAGAGUUACUGUCCUUGGAUAUGGUAAUGCAGCUGACACUGCAACUAAAAAAAUUGAAGUAUAUAUUGACGGCUUUGAGAGGGAUAUCAGAAAGGGAUACUCAUCUAGUGCUGUUAAACUCCCUAAAAGUUGGACAAAAAUGAAGCUGACAGAUCCUACAGCAACUGUGAUGCUGCUUCCUGGAGAUCAGGACAUGGUCUGGGUGUCACAGAAAUUCCAGGUGGAGUCAGGUAUUCCAUCAACCAACAUUGUCAAGAUUGAACGAAUACAAAACCCAACACUGUACACGCAGUAUGCAGGCAAGAAAACACAGAUGGAGAUACACAACAAAGGCGGGCGGCAGGUGGAAAGACUACUGUGGCAUGGCACAGAUCUAACUGCUGCCAACCUCAUUAAAAUCUUAGGGUUUGAUAGGAACUAUAAUUCAGGGUCAUCUCAUGGAGCGGGCGUAUACUUUGCUGUAAAAGCUUCUACAUCUGCCAAUGGCUACUGCAGUCCAGAUGCUUUUGGAAACAAACAUAUCUUCUUGGCACACGUCCUGACUGGUGAAUAUUGUAUGGGACAAUAUGGAAUAAGAGUACCACCAGCAAAUCCUGCAUCUAAAUCGGGAACUUAUGACUCCACAACAGACAAUGUACAGGCUCCAAACUUCUUUGUUAUUUUCCAUGAUGCCCAGGCGUAUCCAUCCUACUUGAUAACAUUUAAGUAAAUUAAUGAUACAUUUAAUCUUAUACAAAGCUUAUUUUUUAUUUGUUUUUGCAAAUUCAUAUGUCGAUCAUUUUAAUUUGAUGAAACAAUUUUCAUUUUGAUAAAACAAUAUUAUGUGCCUCAGAAUUGAGGUGUCAGCUGGGAAAGUUUUUAUUGAAACUGUUUGCUGUGUAACGACUUGAUGUAGUGUUUGUACAUAGCUAGAUUGUAUGUGCACAUGGAUAUCUUUACUGGGUUAUGAGUUAAGAAUAUAUAUAGCCGCCAGAAUGUCAUGUCGCCAAAAUGUUAUUUUCACUGUUGAUGUAAAUAAUGUAAUCAUUUGUACAAUCAGCAAAACUUUUUUUUUCGUUCUUAAGAUUUGUUUGCAAAGAAACAUGUAUUUUAUUUAUAUUUUUUGAACUCUAAUGUAUGUCAUAUUUCUUUUUCAAUUAAUUUUUCCUUUGUAUCAGUAUAAUUUGUUAUAUGACUCUGUGAUUAUUAAGGUUGUAUUGUAAAUUAAAAUUACCUGGCAAUGUUAGUCAGUAUUGUUAUUGAACAAUGGAUUACUUGGUUAAAUAUUUACUGUAAGAUUUACAACGUUAGACAGCACUUUUAAAUAACUUAAAUUUAUAUGCUUAAUGAGAGUGCAAUUUAUUGUCUUUUGUGCUAAAUUGUCUAUGAUAUAUAUUUGUCUAUGAUAUAUAUUGGACAGUCUUAAGACUCUUCUUGUGAUUUAUAUAAUGUAAGUUAAUCCAUAUAUAGCGUGUGUGAGUUGUGUUGAUAUACUUUCAUAAUGCCUUGCUUAAAGUAGCAUGCCUGAAGGUUCAUUAUAAUUUUAUUUAAAAAAGUUUGAAAAUGUAUUUAAAAAUAAAAUACUGUAAAGUGAACAAAGAAAAUAAUAUACAUAUUGCAAAUGUAAACAACACUUAAAAUUCAAGUAAAUUACCAAAAAAAGAGGUCAAAAUAUAUACAAAAUUUGCCCUUUCUGUGAUAUUCAUGCAGUAUAAAUAAUAUGAUGAAUACUAAAAAAGCAGUUUUUAAUCACACAUAACAUGCAUACUUUUACUUGAAUCUUCGACCUUUUCACUUUUCAAAAAUCUUUGUACAUUUUUCAUCUGGAGGCAUGCAGCUUAAAUUUAUUUUUGUUAGUUUAACCAUGAGACAGUAUUUAUAUAUACUAAAAUAGUGAGCUAUCAUUAAGAGCUAUUAUAAGUAGCCACAAUCUGACAAUAACGAAAAGACAUGAUAAGAAGCCUGCUAUCUCCAAUUCAUGGAUGAAUGACAACGCUUUGAGCUAAAGCUGCUGGUUUUAAAACUUACCGUAUUACAUUUAAACACUAACCGUGUUAAAACCAAUAAUUAUAAUAUCGUAAGUAAGGUACAAAGUGACAUGUUUGAAGAGGGCAAUUUUUGCAUUCAGUUUUUUGCAAACAGAUUUUUUUUUGAUAAUGCCAGUUUUAUGUAUUAUCUACAUAAAUGCCAAAUAACUUUUGAAAUGUAACAUUUUCUAGAGAUGUAUCAGGAGAGGAUUACAUUUCUUCACCUUUUUUGAAGAACCAAUUAUCAUGCAUUUUGUUUUUUAUUGGAUGCAAGGACAUAUUAAUAAGGAUGCACCAAUCAUUAAUAGCAGUUAAUUUUUUUUUUGCUCACCUGAGCUUGCUCAGGGUGAGCUUUUAGGAUCGUUGAAUGUCCGUCGUCCGUCCGUCGUCCGUUGUACGUCCACAAUUGAUUGUGAACACUCUAGCGGUCGCAUUUUUGCCUCAAUCAUCAUCAAACUUGGUCAGGAUGCUUAUCUAGUUGAAAGCUCGGAUGAGUUCGAACAUGGCUCAUCUCGGAUGAAAAACUAGGUCACAAGAGCUAAAAAUAGAAAAACCUUGUGAACACUCUAGAGGUCACAUUUUUGACCCAAUCAUCCUCAAACUUGGUCAGGAUGUUUGUCUAGGUGAUAGCUCGGAUGAGUUUGAACAUGGGUCAUCUCGGAUGAAAAAGUAGGUCACAGGAGCUAUAAAUAGAAAAACCUUGUGAACACUCUAGUGGUCACAUUUUUGAACCAAUCUUCAUCAACCUUGGUCAAAUUGCUUGUCUAAUCAAUUGCUUGGAUGAGUUCGAACAUGGGUCAUCUCUGAUGAAAAACUAGGUCACAGGAGCUAAAAAUAGAAAAACCUUGUGAACACUCUAGUGGUCACAUUUUUGACCUAAUCAUCAUCAAACUUUGUCAGGAUGCUUGUUAAGAUAAUAGCUCGGAUGAGUUCAAAUAUGGGUCAUCUCAGAUGAAAAACUAGGUCACCGGAGCUAUAAAUAGAAAACCUAGUUAACACUCUAGCGGUCACAUUUUUGCAUCAAUCAUCAUCAAACUUGGUCAGGAUGCUUAUCUAGUUGAUAGCUUGGAUGAGUUCGAACAUUGGUCAUCUCGGAUGAAAAAGUAGGUCACCGGAGCUAAAAAUAGAAAAACCUUGUUAACACUCUAGCGGUCACAUUUUUGCAUCAGUCAUCAUCAAACUUUGUCAAGAUGUUUGUCUAGGUGAUAGCUCGGAUGAGUUUGAACAUGGGUCAUCUCGGAUGAAAAAGUAGGUCACCGGAGCUAUAAAUAGAAAAACCUUGUUAACACUCUAGCGGUCACAUUUUUGCAUCAAUCAUCAUCAAUCUUGAUCAAGAUGCUUGUCUAGGUAAUAGCUCGGAUGAGUUCGAACAUGGGUCAUCUCGGAUGAAAAAGUAGGUCACCGGAGCUAAAAAUAGAAAAACCUUGUUAACACUCUAGUGGUCACAAUUUUGACUCAAUUGUCAUCAAACUUGGUCAGGAAACUUGUCUAGGUCAUUGUUGGGAAUAAAUCGAACAUGGGACAUCUCGGAUGAAAAACUAGGUCACAUGAGCUAAAAAUAGAAAAAUCUUGUUAACACUCUAGUGGCUACUGUUGUGAUCCAAAUAUUCUGUUAAUUGGUCUGAAAGUUUGUUUUGAUGAUUUCUAAGUCAAGAUCGAACAUGGGUCAUCUUGGAUGAAAAACACCGCCCAAAUAUGGAAAAACCUUGUUAACAUUCUAGUGGUGACAUUUUCGACUCAAUUAUCAUCAAACUUGGUCAGGAUGCGUGUCUAGGUAAUUGCUUGGAUGAGUUCGAAAUCGCAUGUGAAACUAGGUCACCGGAGCUAAAAAUUAAAAAAUAUUGUUAACACUCUAGUUGCUACUGUUUUGAUCCAAGUAUCCUGGAAAUUGGUCUGAAAGUUUGUUUUGAUGAUUUCUAGGUCAAGUUUGAAUAUGUGUCACCUGGGUAAAAAACUAGGUCGCACUGCUCAAAUAUGGAUAAUCCUUGUUAACACUGUAGUGGUCACAUUUUUGACUCACCUGUCAUGAGACUUGGUCAGAAUGCUUGUCUAGGUAAUUGUUUGGAUGAGUUUGAUGAGUCAGGUGAGCGAUCUAGGGCCAUCAUGGCCCUCUUGUUUGUAAAUUAUCUUCUAUUUCUAGUUACCAGAUUGGUAAAGUGUAGAGUCAUCUGCAUACAAGUCUAUAAUAAGAUCAUUAUAGAGUAUAGAUAUAUCAUUGAUAUAAAGAAAAAUAGGAUAGGAUCCUUAAGGAAUUCCUGAUUUCACCACUAAAGUGUCAAAUUUUAUAUUACCUACUUGAACUGUCUGUUUUUUGUUUGAUA